CAUAAAAACCGGUUCUUUGACGACUUCCCGCGAAAAUCUCAAUUCCAUGGCUCAUCUUCUCCAUCUCUCAUCUGCUUCUCUUCUCUCUCAGCGUAGAUCUCUUUAUCAUCCUCUUGUUCUCCUCCCAAGAAGAAGAUCCUCUCAUGGCCUCCUUUGCGGCGCUUCUGAGAAGAAAGAUGCCAGCUUUACCGACCAAAUCCUUGAUUACAUUGAAGGUGGUCCUAAACUCAGAAGAUGGUAUGGAGCACCUGAUCUACUUCCUAAAGAUGGCGGUCUUGAGGAGGAGGAUGAAUCUCCAGAGAUCGAAGAAGUUCGGGACUGUGUACUUGUAACAGAUGGAGAAAGUGAAAUGGGUCAAAUGGUAAUACUGUCGUUGAUUCUUAAAAGAGCUCGAAUAAAAGCUCUUGUCAAGGACAAGAAAGCAUCUGUGGAUGCUUUUGGAUCUUAUGUUGAGCCAGUUGUUGGAGAUAAAAGUGACAAGUUAUUCCUCACAAAGACUAUGAGAAAUGUUCGAGCAAUAAUUUGCCCUUCAAAUGAUGGUUUUUUAUCGAGCAUUGGCUCGAUGAAGGAUGUGGAACACAUUGUUCUCCUCUCUCAGUUGGCGGUUUACAAAAGCAGCAGUGGAAUUCAAGCCAUCAUGACUAGCAAGGCCAGGGAGAGGGCCAAGCAAGAUGAAGAAGCAGUGAUGGAAUCCGGCAUAGCAUACACCAUAAUUCGAGCUGGUAUGCUGCAAAAUUCUCCGGGUGGUGUACAAGGGUUCAGUUUCGGGGAGGGUGUAGCUGGGAAGGGGAAACUGAGUAAAGAGGAUGCGGCACUUAUUUGUGCAGAGGCACUCGACGCAAUUCCUCAGAAAGGAUUGAUCCUGGAGGUGGCCAAUGGAAAUGAGAAGGUUUCCAACUGGAAAGAAUGGUUUGCAACACAGCUCAAGAACACCGAGGAAUCCCAAAUGAUCAUUCUUGUCCUGUCAAUAUGAUUUGUAUGCUUACAAUUGAGCUUUUAUUAUAUAGUGUCUCUUCAAAUGCUCGAGCUUGUUUACACGCAAUAAUAUGUACUUUCCAGGUUUCCUGAAACAUUGUUAAUGAGUGUUGCAUUUGGUGAUGUAUUUAUGUAUACAUUCAACAGCCACAUGUGCUCAAAGUAUAAAAAGUUGGAAGUUUCUUUUCUGAUAUCAUAGAUAAAAUUUUCCAUUUGUUACACAGGUUUCAGGAAACAAUGGCCCUGAAUUUAAUGUAUACAGCUUACAAGAUAGUAAUAUCACCCAAGUUAAAAUCUAAUAAGUGUUCAACUGUGAACCACUAUCAGCAUGGCUGGAACAAGGGAAAUACAGAAAUCAGCAUGCUGUUAGGUGGUGCUUAAGUGAACUUUCUUGAAUUAAUCUCUUCCUUGCAUCUCGAUUUGUAGAUCAAAUGGACAUACACUCCCACUUUUCCUUCCAUUUUUGGUGGUAAAGAACAAAA